AUGCCCAACUUUAUGAAUCUGACAGAGUUUAAUCAGUCUGAUCGCUGUGAGCAUUUCGCCUGUCCAGAGAGAUCUGUAUCUUCUGCAGUUUAUAUCUUACUGUAUGUGUGUUCAACUGCUGUGGUUAUGCUAACUGUGUGUGGAAAUCUGCUCAUCAUCAUGUCUGUUCUUCACUUCAAGCAGCUUCACACACCUACUAACACCCUAGUGCUCUCUCUGGCUGUCUCGGAUUUUCUUAUUGGUGCUUUAGUGAUGCUUUCAGUGUUAAUCUGGACAAUUGAGUCAUGCUGGAUUUUUGAAAGAGGUUACUGCUUUUGUUUGCUGAUCACUGCUUUUUUUCUUGGGAAUGUGUCCUUCUAUAAUGUUGCUUUGAUUUCUGUAGAUCGGUAUUUGGCGCUCUCAAAUCCAUUUUUCUACGCAACUACAAUCUCUAGAAAGAAAAUGUGCAUUGUGGUUUAUUGUAACUGGGGUUUGUGUGUGGUUUAUGUCAUAGCAGUUCUGUAUUUUAAUAGAAGUUUCAUGGGCAUUUCAAUGUGUCCUGGAGAGUGUUUUCUCUUUCUGAAUGAGGUUUGGUCUGUAAUUGAUCUUGUACAUUCAUUCAUAUUUCCACUUUCUGUCAUAAUCAUAUUGUAUAGUCUAGUUUUUGUGAUUGCUAAAAAACAUGCCACUGCCAUCAGAGAGCUUAAUAAUCACACACGGCCUAAAACACAGAAAAUCACCUCACACUCGAUGAAAUCUGAGAGAAAAGCAGCUAAAGUCCUCGGCAUUUUAGUGUUUGUGUUUUUGAUGUGUUUACUACCGUAUUUUAUUUUUACUUUGUUAGGUGAUGUAAUUAAAAUACAGCCAGAAACUUUCCAGAAAGUCCUUAUUAUGAUAUAUCUUAAUUCUACUAUUAAUCCAUUUAUUUAUGCGCUGUUUUACCCAUGGUUUAGAAGAUGCUCUAGACUGAUUAUAACUCUGCAAAUAUUCCAAGCAGACUCUGCAUUAAUCAAUGUUCAUUCAUGA